AUGCCUCCCACCUCUGACCUCCGUCCAACCCCGCCUCGUCGUCCAACGCUUUCCAGCGACACCCAGCGACAUCCCCGCUUAUUGUCAAAAUUACUGAAAUCAUGGCCACUUUCCAUGAUGUUUCCAGUUAUUGACAUAUUAAGGAUGGUCAUUUUACAUCCAGAUGGAUCAUCUGUUCUGAAACAUGUUAUUGAUGAAAAUGAUAUAUUCAUGGAUUUAAUCAAGAAGGUUACAAAUAAUCCUCUUCCCCCAAAUCUUCUAACCAGUAUACGUGCUGUAGUAAAUCUUUUUAAGAACUCAAGUUUCCAUAUAUGGUUGCACAACCAUCGUGUUGAGAUUUUUGAUGCAUUUGCUAGUUGUUAUUCAUCUCCAAACAAGAAUGUCCAAAUAUCUUAUUAUACAUUGGUGCUCAAUUAUGACGUGCUAUUGAUUGAAAAGAAGGAUGAAGAAGGUCAAUCUCAUGUUCUUUCAGCAGCUUUAGAGAUUGCAGAAGGGGAGACUUUAGAAGUUGAUGCGAAAUACCGAGCAUUAGUGGCUAUUGGAUCACUGCCAUCUUCUGCUGGUAGGCGGCUUGUAAUUUCAAGUGAUGGAGUCUGGGAUGCUCUUUCCGGUGGACAGCAGCCCAGUACAGUACACCAGGUCAUGACAAACUAA